AUGCCCAUUGGGCUGCUCCCGGAUACCAGUGGUCCCGCAGGCGCCGACUAUUGCAACAUUACGGGCGGGGGGUGCUACGCCAACGAGACGGACCUAGGCGUCGACGGCGCAAAGAACAAGACUUUGUGCGUUCCAGAGUAUACUGAGGAUCAGCGACAGCGGAAAGAAAGCGGUGCCUCGCUAGGUGUCGCCGCGGUCACAGGGGCUCAGCCGCAUUGA